CCCCCUCCCCCUCCCCCUCACUCCAUUCUCGCUUCUCCUCAUCCUCUCUUCCUCCCUCCUCGGACCCAUGGCCAGACCUGGAAGCGGGAAGCAAACGCCACGGAAAUGCGUCUUCCUCCUUUCCUGCGUCGUCUUCCUCGCCAUCGUCCUCCUCGCCGACUUCUUCUGGGUCUCCUCCUCCUCAUCGCCUUCGGGCAUCUCUCCUCCCUCUUCGUUUUCCUACUGGCCCACCUCCUUCGACCUCUCCCUCGGCCUCUCCACACCCAAGGCCAAGCAACCAAAAGGAGACUCUAAAGAUGUCAAGUUGUCAGUUAGAUAUCUUAAUGCAACUUAUGCUGAUUUACCUGCACCGCAAAUAGAAUGGGAAGAGAUGCCUGAAGCACCUGUACCUCGUCUAGAUGGGGCAGCUGUACAAAUUAAUGAUCUGUUUUAUAUAUUUGCAGGAUAUGGUACCAUUGAUUAUGUGCAUUCUCAUGUUGAUAUAUACAAUUUCACAAAUAAUACAUGGGGUGGAAGGAUUGAAAUGCCAAGAGAAAUGGCAAAUUCUCACUUGGGAAUGGCAACGGAUGGAAGAUAUAUUUAUGCUGUCACAGGACAAUAUGGUCCACAAUGUAGAGGGCCUACUAAUCGCAACUUUGUGCUGGAUACACAGACGAAAGAGUGGAGUGAAUUGCCCCCACUACCCGUUCCUAGGUAUGCCCCAGCAACUCAACUUUGGAGAGGCAGACUGCAUGUUAUGGGUGGCAGCAAAGAGGAUCGUCAUGAACCUGGAUUAGAUCAUUGGAGCAUUGCAGUAAAGGAUGGCAAGGCAUUGGAAAAGGAAUGGACAACUGAGAUACCUAUACCACGUGGUGGUCCUCACAGGGCAUGUGUUGUUGCUAAUGAUCAACUGCUAGUUAUCGGUGGUCAAGAGGGUGAUUUUAUGGCUAAGCCUGGAUCACCUAUAUACAAAUGUUCUCGAAGACAUGAGGUGCAAUAUGGUGAUGUUUACAUGCUGGCUGAUGGAAACAAAUGGAAGCAACUUCCUCCCAUGCCAUUACCAAAUUCCCACAUAGAGUUUGCAUGGGUUAUCGUCAACAACUCAAUUAUUGUUGUGGGUGGCACUACAAUGAAACACCCAAUUACCAAGAAGAUGAUUCUACUUGGUGAAGUAUUCCGGUUUAAUUUAGAUUCCCUGAAAUGGUCAGUAAUUGGUCGAAUGCCAUAUCGAAUCAAGACUACCUUGGCUGCCUUCUGGAAUGGCUGGCUAUACUUCACAUCUGGCCAGCGUGACAGGGGGCCAAAUGAUCCAUCUCCAAGAAAGGUUGUGGGAAGCAUGUACAGAACCAAAUUAAGCUUAACGUGACGUUGUUUAUUAUCAAGUUCUUCUACGAAAAUUCUACUUGCAUUAUGUUCUUUCAUUAUUUCAAUGAGAUUAUCUGAUCAUAAGAAAAACUUGGAAGUAGAGACAGACAUUAGCUUGAAUUGUGUGAUAUUUGUAUUAAUGGAAGUUCUCCAGCACAGAAUUUGACGUGUCCAA